AUGUAUAUCUGUGAAAUCACUGAGAAUGUUCUCCUUCUGCUCAUUCCUAUGGAGCUCACAGUGAUUGGAAGAUGCAGUACUCACCAUUUAUAUUUGGUAAGACUAUUAGGAUUCUGCAGCGAAGGGCGUCAUAGGUUAUUGGUAUAUGAGUUCAUGAAAAACGGUUCUCUAAAUAAGUUCCUCUUUACUUCGGAUGAGCAGUCAUGUAGGGAAGUUCUAUAUUGGAGAUAUCGAUAUAACAUUGCACUUGGAACUGCAAAAGGGAUUACCUACCUUCACGAGGAAUGUCGUGACUGUAUUGUUCAUUCUGAUAUAAAACCCGAAAAUAUUCUCUUAGAUGAAAAUUAUAAUGCUAAGAUCUCGGAUUUUGGCCUAGCACGACUCAUAAACACGAAUGGGCAGAGACACCGGACGAUACUGUCUGUGAGGGGGACAAGAGGAUACUUGCUACUGGAAUCGCUAGCAAAUCUUCUGGUCAAUAUAAAAGCUGAUGUUUAUAGUUAUGGAAUGGUGUUGUUAGAAAUCAUAAGUGGGAGAAAGAAUUUUGAAGUUUCGACCGAGACUAAUCACAAAAAGCUUUCGUUGUGGGCAUAUGAAGAGUUUGAGAAGGGCAACAUCGAGGCAAUUCUUGAUAAAAGGCUUCUUAGACACGAGGUCGACAUAGAACAAGCUAUAAGAACAAUUCGAAUAGGCUUUUGGUGCAUCCAAGGGCAACCAUCUCUUAGAACUAUGAUGGGAAAAGUUGUGCAGAUGCUCGAAGGGAUUUCUGAAAUACGUACACCACCCCCAUCUAAACUCGACCAGUACUAUCGCUCAGUUUUAAGUUCUCCCUAUGGAGUAAUCAUUCCAAAUAGUGAUGAAUUCAUCUGCUCCUUCAUCUCAAACGGCAGCAAAUUCUUAUUUGGCUUCAGAACAAAAUUCAGAAGGGAAAACUUCCUUUCUGCUAUAGGAAAACUGGACAUGAUUAUGCCAGAAGCAGAACCUCGUAUUAGUUCCAGAGAAGUCCUAAUUGCUGAGAAAGAAACGUCAGUCAGUUACACUAUCUAG